AUGUCUAAGUGGUGUCGUCAAGAACCUUCAAGAGCUACUACAAUUUGGUGCAUAGGCGCCGUCGUAUUAGCAAUGACGUUGGGUGGAUUCUUUAUUGGCUACUAUUGGGAUCGAGACGAUGUUUCCAAAAUGCGGUCGAAAGUUUUGCUUGGGCUUCUAGCAUUCCCUCCUGAAGACAGAUUAGAACGGGUUCUAGACCUAUGUAUGCUCCCUCUUCGAAAUUGUACAGAAUCCCGCGCAAUUCAUGACAACGAGGAGGCCAUACAGCAUCUUAAUCGAAUUAUGUCGGUAGAACAAUGGGAAAGCAGACUGGAUGUCUCUAAUUUGAGGUGCUUGACAUUGGAAGAACGUAAAUAUUUCCAAAGUAUUGCACGCCACAAGAAAUAUGGAUGUCCCAGACUUUUGAGUCUGGAGAGAAUCAAGUUCUAUGUACAAAACCUUCUCCCGGGAGGAAACGCCGAUUACUGA